CGACUUUCCCUUUCCGGCUACGGGUCCCCAAGCGGAGCUGGAGGCCGGACGGGGGAGCCGAGCGGCGGCGGCGGCGGCGGGGGCGGUAAUGGCGGAGCUGGUGCAGGGGCAGAGCGCUCCGGUGGGGAUGAAAGCCGAGGGCUUCGUGGACGCCCUGCACCGGGUCCGGCAGAUUGCUGCUAAAAUUGAUUCAGUUCCUCACUUGAAUAAUUCUACACCUCUAGUGGACCCCUCAGUGUAUGGAUACGGAGUACAGAAACGGCCCUUGGAUGACGGAGUAGGUAACCAGUUAGGGGCCUUGGUACAUCAAAGGGCAGUAAUAACAGAAGAAUUCAAAGUGCCUGAUAAAAUGGUUGGAUUUAUUAUCGGCAGGGGAGGUGAGCAGAUUUCACGGAUUCAAGCAGAAUCUGGUUGCAAAAUUCAGAUUGCUUCAGAGAGUUCUGGGAUUCCAGAGAGGCCCUGUGUACUUACCGGAACCCCAGAAAGUAUUGAACAAGCCAAACGGCUCCUGGGGCAGAUCGUGGACCGCUGUCGGAACGGACCUGGCUUUCAUAACGACAUAGACGGCAAUAGCACGAUCCAGGAAAUUCUUAUCCCUGCGUCUAAAGUGGGUCUGGUCAUCGGCAAAGGAGGGGAAACAAUCAAGCAGUUGCAGGAGCGGACAGGUGUGAAAAUGGUCAUGAUCCAGGAUGGCCCGUUGCCUACGGGAGCAGAUAAGCCUCUCCGCAUCACAGGAGACCCAUUCAAAGUACAGCAAGCAAGAGAAAUGGUAUUAGAGAUCAUCCGAGAGAAAGACCAAGCUGACUUCCGAGGUGUCCGAGGUGACUUUGGUGCCCGCGUGGGAGGAGGCAGCAUAGAGGUGUCUGUGCCAAGGUUUGCUGUUGGGAUUGUAAUAGGAAGAAAUGGGGAAAUGAUCAAAAAGAUUCAGAAUGAUGCCGGGGUGAGGAUUCAGUUCAAGCCAGACGAUGGUAUUAGUCCGGAGAGAGCUGCACAAGUCAUGGGACCCCCAGAUCGGUGUCAGCACGCAGCACACAUCAUCAACGAGCUUAUUCUUACAGCCCAGGAGAGAGAUGGCUUCGGAGGCCUCGCCGUGGCCAGAGGUCGAGGCCGUGGCCGUGGCGACUGGACUGUGGGAGCCCCUGGUGGCGUCCAGGAGAUAACCUACCCAGUGCCGGCAGAUAAGUGCGGCCUCGUCAUAGGCAAAGGGGGUGAGAACAUCAAAAGCAUAAAUCAGCAGUCAGGAGCGCACGUGGAGCUCCAGCGGAACCCCCCUCCCAACACUGACCCCAACCUGCGAAUAUUCACCAUCAGGGGCAUUCCUCAACAGAUCGAGGUGGCCAGACAUCUCAUAGAUGAGAAAGUUGGCGGGACCGGUCUCGGAGCACCCGGAGCCUUCGGACAGAGCCCCUUCAGCCAGCCACCUGCCGCCCCUCAUCAAAACACAUUUCCUCCAAGGAGCUCAGGCUGCUUCCCGAGCAUUGCUGCUAAAGUGAACGGAAACCCCCACAGCACCCCUGUGAGCGGUCCUCCGGCCUUUCUGACCCAGGGAUGGGGCAGCACCUACCAGGCGUGGCAGCAGCCCACACAGCAGGUCCCAAGCCAGCAGAGCCAGCCACCGAGCAGCCAGCCCGACUACAGCAAGGCCUGGGAAGACUAUUACAAAAAACAGAGUCACGCUGCCAGCGCCGCUCCUCAGGCCAGCUCCCCGCCGGACUACACAAUGGCCUGGGCGGAAUAUUACAGACAGCAGGUCGCUUUCUACGGGCAGACGUUAGGGCAAGCGCAGGCCCACAGUCAGGAGCAGUAGGACAGCGACCUGCGGCUCUUUCCUCCCCGAAAUCAUUGUGAGCGAAAACCUAUUUGUAACAGGUUUUUAGAUUUGCAAACCUUUUGAUGAAGAACCUUUGUUUUGUUCUGUGAAACACUAUAUUUAGAUUAACAGAUUUUUCUAAAAAUCGGGAAAAUUAGUUACUAAAAAUUGCUGAUAAUUUGUUUCAUUAUUUUUGUUUGUUAUUUCAAAUGUGUAAGCUCUGGGAUUCUCCCUGGAGCGAGACCUGCAAAAUUCAGGCGCCAGCGCGUGCCUCAGAGCAGUGACAUUUCAACACGGUGUGUUUGUUUUGUUUUGUUCCGUUUUGUUGCGUGUCUUUUUAUUUACAGUUUUUUCUGUUGCAACAGAAAGUGGCUUGGAAGUCUUAGGUGGUAUGUAACAAAUUCUUUUAAAAAUUUUUAAACAGUAUUUAAAUAUUCUUAAAUGUGUAAAUUCAUUAAAUGUUUUACUUCUAAUUUCUUGUUAUCUUGGCUGUCUGGUUAUAUUGCAUUUUUUAAAAAACUGAACUAUUAUGUAUUGUAAUUAAUUAUGUGAAUUCUGAAUUGAGACAGAUAAUUGUAUUGCUGUCCAACAGGGGUUGGGAGGGGGCAUUUUAUAGGGUUUGUAUAAUUUCUAGAGUGCUAAAGGGGUAAUAUAAAAACGUGUCCGUGUGUUUAGCAUACAUUUUUUAGUGUCUCCAUUACCAGUUGCAGUUGUGUAUCUAAGACCUCCAAGCUUGUUUUAAAAACAAAACAAAAAACCUUUCUCUCUUCUCUCAGAAAUAUAAAUACUGUUAUUUUUAAUAUUAAAAAGAAAUUCGAUAUAACUUUUAACAAACACUGUGGAACGUUAAACCGCGUGAAAAUGGAGUAACUGUUGUUUAAUUCCAAGAUGUUUCUUCCUUUUUUCUUUUAAAUAUUUUCUUAAUAUUUGUCAAAUUAACUAGGUGAAUAAAUAAAUCUAGUAUUAACCACCAUAUGAAUUAAAUAAUUUUGAUUUAAUAAAAGGGAUAAUAUGAUUUCCAGUGUUUACUGUAGUGCGUCUUGUACAGAUAACAUGUAUUUUUAAAGGAAAGAAAAACGGAGUCGAAGCUAUUUUUUCUUGCAUUUUUAAUGACCCGAGGGACAUUCCGUUUGAAAUGUACCGAAGUUACAGUUUCUGGGUUUUUCUCCUUAUUUUCCUUAUAAUGCUUGAAAUGUCUAACUAUUAAAAAAAGGCAAUUGG